AACGAACACCGUCACGCAGUAGCGAAGCACCCGUUGCCACGAUAGUUUGGCGUUCACAAGCGUCGUGUUCGGCGCCGCCGCCGUGUUUCGAUUUUAAAAAAGGAACCAGUUCAGUGUCAAGUUCGGUGAUCGUGAUUAUGAGAUUGGCUGGAUCGCGGUGGACGUGGAGAUAUUCGUGCCACGCAGGGGACGUCGGGAGUGUUUGAAAACCGUUCCGGUGCGUCGACACGGCGGGACGCCGGCCCCUCGAUCUCUGGGAUUUUCGAUCGCCGCUUCGGAUCUCUCGGCAUGGCGACCGCCGGUCUUGAGGUGCGCGAGGCAGGACGAGCGUUGCGUGUACAAACGGAAGCUCCGCAUCUCGUUUCCAUGGGAAGCGGACGCUUGUCCACGGCGGUGACACUGCAUCCUUUGCCCGAAGGUAAGCUAACACUUGGAUCGAGUCGAGAUGCGGACAUUUCUGUGGUUGGUACCGGUGUCGAGACCAUUCAUUGCUCGAUUGAAAACAAUAAUGGCGUGGUCACUCUUCACCCCAUAAAUGGAAGCACGGCAGUCGAUGGUGUGACGAUAAAUUCGCCGGUGAGACUCGCUCAAGGUUGCAUGCUGUCGAUAGGAAGGUCGAACUACAUGCGUUUCAACCACCCAGCCGAGGCGAAGCACCUUCGAUCGGUUCUUCCUCACUCGAGGAUCUCAAUGGCGCCCAUAAGUUUCACUCUGCCGGAGAACCAGCUGCAGGAGAACUACCAUCUGGAGAGAAAGCCUCCAGUUGCACCGCGAAAAUCGCCUAGGAACUCCUGCUCGGACGACGAGAUCGGUUUCCUGGGGAAGCUGACCAAGUUCGAGAUGCUGGCGAAGCAGAACAGGAACAACUGCGUCUCACCAAAAGUCUUUCCAGUUGGAGCUGUCACCACGAACGUUCCCGCCGACCAGAUCCUCGGCCACUCCAGGUCCUCCAGCUUGGUCUCCCUGAAGAACAACAACUCACCGCUGCAGAAUCUGACGAACUUGGAUCGAAGUCGUUCGAACACACCGUCGUUCAAUUCGUCUGGCCAUUUCAUGAACGUGUCCUCGCCAGGGAACUGUUUCGCCUCCUCAUCCCCGAAUCACUGCAUCGACGAGAAUCGCCAGCGAACGCCCAGUCGCUCAAACACACCGAAUCUUCAUCAGAACGCCUCGCCGGCUAAUCACAAUCAAAUUCAAAUGUACUCCACCGCGGAAUCCUAUCUGAAGACCUACAAACCGUAUUACCGAGAGAAUAAUGAGAAGAACACUGCCAAUCAGGGUGACCUGAUGUCCCGGAGCAUGACUUGCCAGAGAUCUAGCGGUUUGGACGAGCUGAACACUCCGGAUUACGACAUGAGCCAGAGCCUGAUAGUCUCUAAGACCACCACGACCGAGUUCCUCCAGCUGGACAAGUUCAGCUCGAACCCCAACAUCUGCAACAGCCCCAGCAACGGGAAUUACUGCAGUGGUAGUCUGAGGAACGUGGCUGGUGAUCAGAAUUUCGGUUCCAAUCCGAACAUCAAGAGAAUACAGCCGCCUAGCCCGGCGUUCAAUCGUAAUCCGAAGUACAGCGAGCCAAAGAGGAGCAUGAGUCGCGUGAAGAGUCCCACGCCCAGCUUGGGGAGCGGUUGCUCGCUGGAGGAGCUGCGCGAAAGGCAGAUGGACGCUGAGAACAAGCGCAGGGAGGCGGAGUACAAGAGGAAACAGGCUCAGGAGGAUAGGCUGAGGGAACAGGAGAUGGAGAGGCAGGAGAAACUGAGACUGGAGGAGAUCCUUGCCAUGUGUGCCGAGUAUGAGAGGCAGAGCACCGUGGAAAAGCCGAGGCAGCCUAACAGAAUAAAAACGAACGGCUCACUUCCACGCGAGAAGAGACUAGGCUACAGUUCUCCUUUCGACAGCCCGAAGAGUCCAUCGAAAACGCAGCCUCAUUUCUCCUUCGACGGGACGAGACAGUCGAACUCAGCGUCCUACGAGAACGUGUGCGUGCAAAACUCGAAAAUAGUCUUCCAAAACGGUAACUCGCCUAGCAAUCGUAGGAAUCAGACCAGCCAGGUGGAGUACCAAACGAUGAACGCGCAGGAUCAUCCUCAGUCGACCACACCGAACAACAAUCAGUCGACGAAGUGGCCAAACGUUCUUGGCAACGGGGACCAUAGCUUCUCCGGCUCGAUCUCGCAGGCUCGUGUCUCUAGCUACGAGAACGCGACGAUCGACAGCUCGUUGUUGAACAACAAUGUAGGCAGCUACGCUCAAGCAAACGACUCGAAGGAGACGUCCAUGUACGGGACGAUCCAGUUGAAUGGAACGAGGAUCAACUCCCAGCCGAACAACACUCGAACGUACGAGAUAGGGAACGUCAGUCUUUACGAGAACGUCGUGGUAAAUAAUCAGAAUCAUUCCAUGCCAAAGAAGAAUGGCCAGCUAUCGAACUCGUGCGAGAUGAUAGAGAACAAGCUGGCGAUAUCGAACGACGACCUCUUGGAGGCUAUCGAGCAGCUCUCUAUGCUCUCCAAGUCCAAAGAGAUCUGCAUGAUUCCCAAGAAAAACAAUUCUGAGAAGGAUAACGCGAAAUCGAACGAAGCAAAGGCUGAUAAAGAGAGGAAGGAGCUCGAGGAGGAGGACAGGAGGAAGUACAUUGAGUUCCUGCAGAACGAGAAGGUCCAUAUCCUGGGAAACAUGGACGCUUUGAAGAGGAGCGUGGCAGAUAUAGAGAUUCAGGAAGAAGAAAUCAGCAGAGAGCUCGAAUUAGAGAAGGCGCUGUUGUCAGCGGAGUACGAGUCGGAAUCGUUGAAGCUCAGUCAGGACGAGGGUGAAAAGAUAAAGAUACAAAUGCGGAUCAACGAGCUGGAGAGACAAAUGGCGGAGGACAACACGAUGCAAGCGAACUUGCAAGCGGAUGCCAAGUUGAGAGUUCAGAGAGCUCAGCAGGUUUGCGGUCGGUUGGAAGAAGAGUUGGCGAACUGCAUGGACGAAGCAUCGCAGCAAAAUAUCACUGAGAAACUUGUGGCGCAGCAAGAUGUCUUGGAGUCUGAAAGAAAGGCGUUCGAAGACCUGGAGUUCCAUCAUCUCGAAGAAGAAGCUAGCAAACUGGCGACCAGAGAAGAAUUACAAAGAUACUUGAGCGAGUUGACGACCAAGAUAGAAACCAGGAAGGCUAGGUUAGGUCAUUUAGAGUCGCAAAGAUCUGAGGCUAAGUGCACAGCGACCAAGGAUGCGAGAAGUCUGGAGAGACAGAAACUGGCGCAUUUGAAGCGGUUGGAAGAAGGACGAAACCGAGUUAGAGCGAUAAACGACGAACUGACGAAAUUGGCGCAAAAUUCACGGGAGAACACCGAGGAGAAACGAUCACCGAGCAGGGAGGACUUCGACAGGAUCUCCAGGGUCACCACUGACUCGCCAAUCGUGAACAAUCAGGGCAGCUUGGGAAGGAAGACUAUCGAGUCCCUCAAGGAAAUUGAGAGAAAUCGACAGCUUCAUUUAGCAAAACAAGGUAGUCAAGUAAUUUCGGAAGAGAGACGAAGAGUGGAAGAAUUGAAACGAAGGGUGCAAGACGAAGUUAGGUCACAGUGGGAGGAAAGGAAGAUGAACUGCACCUCUUUCAACAGUGUCGAAUCGGGGGAAGAGUCUUCCAGUUAUUCAACGGGACCAACCGAAAGUGGCAGCGGAAGCAGCGACGGUGCAGAGGGCGCAAACAGCGAGAAAUUGUCACCUAGCAAGCUUUCUGAGCUCACGUCAUCCAGUCCAGGACCUUCGAAUAAUUCCUACAGUUUGCUCCAAAAUGAUAACAUGAGAGACGAUCGAAGAACAUCGAUGGAAGGCGAGAGACUUAGCAAUAACAGCGGGGGAAUCACCGACGGAAACGGAAGUCGUCCUCUUUCGCAGACCUCCAGCGAAAUGGACACGCUUGGACCGCUGCAAUCAGUAAAACAUCGUGAAAAGGCUAAACUGCAGAGGCCGCUCACGAGAUACCUCCCCAUCAAGUCGGAGUCCCUGGACCUGAGGCAUCACAUCGAGACUGCCGGGCACCAGCUACCCCUCAUACACGAUGUCACGGUCGACACGUACAGUUGCAGCGGUUACCUGUCGAAGAUGAGCAAAAAGUUCCACCAUUGGAACAAACGGUGGUUCGUCUUCGACCGGAAGAGGAAGACAUUGUCGUACUACAACGACAACUCGUCCAGGAAGGCGCGCGGAGUGAUCUACUUCCAGUCGAUCGAAGAAGUAUAUGUGGACCAUAUGAACACCGUGCGUUCGCCGCAGCCAUCGUUGACAUUUAUCAUUAAAACGUCGUCGAGGUUAUAUCACUUAAUGGCGCCGAGUGCAGAGGCUAUGCGUAUCUGGGUGGACGUUGUUUUCACCGGGGCUGAAGGAUACCACGAGUUCGAUCACGGCAUCUGAUCGAUCGAUCCUUCUCACGUUUCUGGUCAAGAAUCGUUUUUUAAUGAAACACGAUCCAACGUGAACUCUCGCCCGCAACAGGCCGGGGAAAAAUGAGCGUGAUUUACUCGAGGACAAGGUUAAUCGGUCAAAAUACGAUUGCCAUGUUUGAUGUUGUAUUUAAAUUGCAUCGACGCUCGAUUACUUGUUUAAGUAGCCUGCAUGGAAAUUGAAAAUCAAAUUUUAGCGUUAAUGGAACCGUAAUAUUCGAAGUAGUAUGCCAUUGAGAACAACGAUAAGUGUUUUUAGGUUAUAAUCCGAUACAAGGGCCCGGGAAUGAACGAUAAAAGACGAUAAAACUUCCCCGGACGACUUUGCACGAUCUUUAGAAAGUAAUUGAGAAUUUUAUGCGAAUGUUUGAUUUACUCGUGCCAAUAAGUUUAAGAACAGGGGCAUUAACGUCGUGCAAAAGUAUUAUCCAUUCGAGUGCAGACUAAUCACGGACUUCGUUCUAUUUAAAGGAAAUGAAUUUUAUAGAAUUUACUGUUGAAGUUUGUAGACAUUUUUAAUCUAGUCUUCCAACAUAGAUACUUUCAAGAACGCGUUGAAAAAUGGUCUUCGAUAGCCGGCCAUGUGUUCUGGAAUUGAGCAGAGGUCAGGUCCCCCCCCCAAAAAAAAAAAAAAACUGUAAAUACGUCCCACGUUAUACAUUUAAUUCGACACUUUUAGUGGAUAUUUUGAUACUGCGUAAUAACCAAGAAUUAAGAAAUCCUCCGUGUCUUUAUACGUCCGAAGGAAUUUUUAAAACAUACGUACAUGGUUUUUGUAAUUUUGAUACUUUACGUAUUGUUACAACGGGUAAGUAAACACGUAUUAAAAUAUUACACGAACAAUUGUAAUUCUUUGACUAAAUUUUAAGUCGAGAAAUAUCUUUGAUUAACGUAAAGAUAGCUGGAUAUCCUGCGUAAUUUGUAACAGAGCCGCAGUUCUGUAAGUAAAUCGUUCAAUAACCUUUCUUACGUAUCGACCAUGACCGCUGUUAAUUUCUUAAUAUUAUACGGUUUGCAACAAUGAAUCGCAAUGUCAAUUUUAAACAAUGAACAUAUAUAUCGUACGAUUGGAUCGAUCUUAUUAAAAUUAAAUUAUAAAUUGUAUCACAUAUCGUGCGUACAUAUUUUUGGAUAUAUUUACAAAAGAUAUUAAAAUGCUCUUUAUUAAGAAACUAUACACCCUAUUAACGAAUGUAUAAAUUAGUAUUUUAGAGGUACGUGUCUUGUAUAAUAAAACAAACAUACAAUAUUUACAAGAACCUUAAUUUCUCAUUAAUAUUUUCAAAUAUUUUUCAUUACGAUCUUUUUAAUGCGCAGAGUGUUGGUCGAGGUUAACUUUACGACAACUAUUGUAUUUUUAACAGAUCUCUACCAAUCUGAAGGUAUAGAAUCUCGCUGUAAUGGUAAUGCCAUAAUUUCCUUACACUCUAUACUAUUUAAGACGUAUAAGAGAUGCAAUGAUCGUCUCUGAAAUCUAAGGGCAUACGUCAAAUUUCAUAAGAAGAAUAUUCUGUUCGUAAUUAGAUAAAAUGCAAAAAUUAACGUAAUUUCUAAUGUUACAAGACUUCGGAACGAUUAACAUUGACGUAUCUCUAUUUCCAUGAUCGAAUACUAAUAGUUUUAUUAAUUCGAACAGUAAACAAAACUUCUCUCAUUCGUAGCAAAUAAUAGUUAAUUUACUGAACGCUUCUAAACAAAUUUAAUGAUUUUUUAAAAGAGAAAUACAUAUUUCGAUGUUAUUUGUUCGUAAGUCUUGUAACUUUAGGAGACGAUAUUUCCUAAACAAGAUAUUUGCUAACGUAAUUCCACAGGACUAAUUUAUUUGCUCGAUAGUCCUAUAUACAUAUGUAUAAACCUCAAAUCUGGACAUUUAAAUCUGAAACAUCCUUCGAAAGGUUACGUAAACUCCCAUUCAUCGUUGAACAAAGAAUAUGGUAACUAUAAGUACACAUUACGAAAGCUAUAGUGACAAAGUGAGACGAUUGCAUGGCGAUCAAUUCUUGUUAAAUAAAAAUUCAUUUUG